AUGUCCAACACCGUCUGCCGAGAGGGCUGCGUCGUCGUCAAGACCAUCUACAUGGUUUGCGCCCACACCUCCCCCAUCUCCCAGUGGACGUCCUUUUGCCCGAGGAGCAGCACCAGCACCAACACCACGGGAAUGGCCACCGUCUGCACGCCCGCCAGCCGCGCCGAGGUCCGCUUCGGCUGGUGCGCCGGCUGCACCGCCUUCUACGCGCCCACAGACCUCAACAACGAGGCCCUGAUCCGCAACUACUGGGCCUUCAAGACCGCCCACGGCAUGCUGGAGCCGCUCGACGCGCCCAACAGGAUCCCCGGGACCGCGCUGUUGGAAUCGCCCGCGCACGCGACCAGAAAAGACCCUCGCGUGCCAGUCGCCGAGGUCGAAAGCCUGGCCGUCGCGCUGGCGCAGGCCAGUUCGGGUGUAUGCACCAUGGCACAGGCAAGGAUCCAAGCGACGAGAUUCCGCGGUGAAAUGCUCAAGUGGGCUGCAAAGAGGCAGGUUGGCCGCAGCAGGUCCUGUCGUGGUGGUAUCGACAAGCCCAUGCCGCCCACGCCCGGCUCGGCCGGGCCGCUGAUGGCGCACCUGGCCAAGAAGCACGCCGCGGCGGACCUUGCAACCCAGCCUCAACAUGCAAGCUGUCCCAACUUUGAGACGCUGAAGCCGUUGGCCUAUAGCCCUCCGUCGCGGUCCGCCACCAGCACCCCCGGCUUCGAGGCCAGGAUGCAGCAGCAGCAAGAUUCUACCAGUGUCGACUUUUGCUGGCGUCACUGCGCCAUCGUCGCCCAGGAUGGCAUCUGUCACAAGUGUGACGACGAGAGUAUGCAUCUGCAAAUGCGUGGCCAGGUCAAGUCGUUCCCUGUUCGUGAUCACAAUAUGCUCAGGAUCCAGGCCGCCAAGCAGAUUGCUGUUAGUGCCGUGCAGCCACUUUGCUUCUGUGAUGGAAGGGGCUUCGAGUGCACUCCUUGCACCGAUCGCCGUAUCAGCAGCAAGUUUGUCGGUACUGAACAAUGGGUCUAG